CCGCGGAGGGGGGGAAAGAGGGCGAGAAAUUGGCACCGCGAAGGGCUUGGCUCGCGCUCGCGCUCGGGGAGAUUAGAUUAGAUGCUGCGUUUCCAUGGUCGAGCAUUCUCAAACUCUGUAUUCUGCACAAACAGUAACGAAUCAAUGACAUUACUCACACCAACGCACACACAUACACACACAAUCUACAAACUGGUUCAAGCAUAUGACCUUUGCAUCCCGCUCUAAAUGUCUAGUGGGUGCUGCACACCGCCCCUCCUCCCCUCCGCUUGUGGAGAUCCAGUCCUCAGCGCACGCACGCACAUCUGUCUAUCAAUCAAUCUAUCUAUCCCACCCCUCUCCACCGCGCAGCGCCGCCAAUCUCAACCACCCCCUAUUCCGCCAGCCAGCCCUCCAUCCAUCCAGCCAGCCAGCGGAGCCGGUGUCACCGCGCCAAGAGCCUCUAGCAUGCAAAUCCCGACUUGGCAAUUGGCUUGGCUGUGUCAUUGCCUAGUCUUGGCCCGGGCUUGUGUUGUGUCAUUAUUUGUCUUUGUGUCUGUGUGUGUGUGUGUGCUUCGGGGAAUAGAGGGCUCCGAGGAGAGGAUGCGGUCAUUUGGUGUUUAUUGCUUGGGGGAUAUGUGUGGAGAUGUAGAACAGACGUGAACAACAGUAGAAACAGGGGAUCAGAGGGUUGUAGUGUGAAGGAAUGUGAAGUAUCUAGGUAGGCUGCCCUGAGGGGCAUGAUCAGUAAGGCACAGACACUGAGACUUAGGUCUCACACAAAAACAGCACAGAGAC